AUGGAUCACCCAUCAACACCCCAAAGGCGCAGCUCGCCUGAGGAUUUCCUAGGCAUUACCCCGAAGAGAAAGGAGACUAUGACUCCAGGACUGCAGAAGUUCGAGCUUCCACAGGUCGCCUUCACUUCCGAGUUCAUCCCCCUUGAAGACCCCUUUGGGGAUGAGAUCCCGCCCUCGAUCUCACUGGCCGAAGCAAUCUGGAGCGACUACGAACGCAGUACCUGCAAAGAGAUCACUUCCAUCCAUAUCGACCGCCAAUCAGCAGAACCGGGCCCUCAAAUCAACUAUGAGGUCCUGAAUCAAAUGAUCGUCAACAUACCCAAACGCAUGCCAGACGCAUACGCCGCGGCUUUUAAGGCCCUAGCCAACACUCGUGUACGCUACUUUGCAGCAUACCAGGUUCUCCUAGCGGAAAAGAGAACCACCGCCGACUCCUUUGCGAUGGGCAAGCUGCUCCAUAUGAAACAAAUCCGGCUCCAGCUCGACCCUGCCACCUACGGCGGGGAGCUCGCUGCGAAGAACAAGGAAGCAGUCAAGAAGUGCUUUGAGGAAUGUGUUAAGCUGAAGCAGCGUUUUGAAGUCUGCAAAGAAGGGCUGAUAAGAUGCAUGAAGGAGUUUAUCCAAAUGAAAGCCGUGGUGAUUCCGUACAUUGCUCGACUUAGGGAAGGGUACGUCGAAAUUCAACGACGCCACAACUUGCAGAAAGAGAGCGAGAGAAUUGAGAGAGAGAAGCUCGAAAAGGAGAGACUUGAGAAAAAGAGAGCUGCAAGGGCGAAUUUUUUGAAAGAGAAGGCCAAAAAGACGGCUGCUGCUUUGAAAGAGGAUAGUGUUACCCAAGCCCGCAAGGCGUUUGAGGCACAAGCUUGGGCUGACUACCUGGCAAGAAACAAGAGGCUCCGAGAAGAUGGUACAGAGGUCUGCCAUGGCCGCGGUGGAAAGAGAGUCAACCUCGGACAUUGA